AUGGAGUACGAGUACAUACGUGUUGCUAGCUGGAUACCUUUGAUAGCAGUACUGUCCUGGACCCAAGCUACUGGACGACCGUGGCUGACAGGAUUGCCGAUUGUGCUCCUCCGAAUUAUCUCGAGCUACUGGGAGCAGAUCACUUCAGCCUUGGCCGAUCCCAACUACCGCUUCCUUAUCAUCGUGGCCCUCCGCUAUUACCGACUUGUUGGCAAUUUCCUUGCCUACUACAUUCUCUACGAACCAGACCCAAUCCCAGCCAACCCUACUGUAACCGCGAAGAACGUUCACGUUGUGCUUCCUACCAUUGACCCUGGCAACGAAGCCUUCGUAAAGUGCGUCCAGAGUAUCCUUCGGCAUUCCCCUGGCUGGUUGACCGUUGUCUGCGGAGGCGAGCAACAUAAACAAAAGGCAGCCGAGCAAGUCGAUCAUGCGCUAAACCACGCCACAAAUCACCCUACCUUCAUCACGAUAGACCACAUCCCAUAUGGUCACAAGCGUCAGCAGAUGUGCCAUGUUCUAGAUCGAUUGGCCGAACACAAAGAUCAGAAUAGGGACACUAUUGUGGUCUUCGUGGACGACCACGUGUGGUGGAAUGGUGAUCGUUUCCUUGAACAUCUCCUAGCACCACUUGAGGACGAGCAUGUAGCUCUUGUAGGCACCAGGAAGCGAGUUGCGCGGGACCGGGGACGUGGCUUCAAGGACUCUUUCAUCAACUUCAUUGGCUCAAUCUACCUGGAACGCCACAACUUCGAGUGUUCGGCUGCAAAUGCGAUUGAUGGAGGUGUCAUGGUCAUCUCGGCUCGUACUCUAGCGAUACGUGCAAGAGUCGCUAUAGAGGAAGAAUUUCGAAGAGGCUUCACAAACGAAAGAUUCUUCUUCAACCGCUUCGGCCCACUCAACAGUGACGAUGACAAUUACAUCACUAGGUAUGUGGUUAAGAAGAGGCUUGGCAUCAAAUUCCAGAACGACACCAAGCACGAGGAGAUUAUGUAUACCACCUUGGGUAUUGAUGGAUGGGGCAAGAUUUGUGGCCAAUUUGACCGUUGGGCACGAACACAAUGGCGAAGUAAUGCUACCUCAUUAUUCCGAGAUACUACAGUCUGGAUAGAUCACCCCUGGACGUCACUAACAGUCUAUCUCACAUGGUUUUUUAAUUUCGCCGCUAUUUGGGAUCCUCUCAUCGUCUACACCUGGUACCAUUCAACAUAUCAGAAUGUCCAGUGGUAUCACAUUGCAGCAAUAAUUUUGGGGUCGAAGAUGAUCAAGUUGUAUCCCUACUUCAGACGACACCCUGAGGAGGUCUUCUACUUCUUCCCUCUUUACAUUGUCUUUGGCUAUUGCCAUUCUUGGGUCAAACUGAAGGCUCUGUUCACGUUUUAUAACAUCCGGUGGUCUGGCAGACCAACGACAGAUGAUGGCACAGUCCUCGCUGCUACCAACGAUGAUGAUGACGACAACGACAAGCAGCAUAAUACGCCGAUCUCGCCAUUGUCACGUCGUGCCUCGAGUUUUACUGAUCGUCGAUCCUCCUUAUACGACCCGAGACGGCAAUCAGACUCAAAAUCGCCGAGCUGCAAUACAUUUCUGCAGGCACUGUUGCAUCGAGCCUCUGUCUCUUCAGGUCGAUCUGCAACAGUCAGUGCUCUACGUGGCGGGGAAAGCACUUCACUCCAUAUGCCACCACUCACGCCUUCUGCUUCAAGAGAUAGCACACCGUUCAAUCGUCGAGGUUUGAGGUCAGACGGUCCCCCGACGCGAUCUACUAGAGAUGGUUACGGUAGUAGACUAAGUAGUGGCGUCGUUCCACCCAUGCUCUCACCACGAUCACCACUUCGCAGCAGAGGAAAUCCGGGUGUUCAUGGCCCGCCUGCACCAACACCACGACCACGACCACGACCACGACGAACGUCUUAUGACCGCGUUCGAUCGACACGUUUUUCGUGGGACGACGACAUGGAUCAUUUCGUGAAGAAGAAGAUCGAUAACGUCCAGACGUUCAAAUUUUCGAAGCCUAUGCCUCCAGCGCCCAAAGUCGAUGUCGAAACCCACCUGAGAAGUGUUCAGUCAUUAGGGUGUGAGAGUUCGAAGCCGUGGCCGUCGUACGACAAGGUGAGAAGAGGUUAUGAGUGUGAUCGCCUCCAUCUGAAUGGUACGUACUUGACACCUCCCAGACCAUCCAUUUGUGGUCAACAGAGAUGCCGCAGUCCAAUUCGAAACCUUGGUGAGCCUAUUGUGCCGGGCCGGCCACGGUACUAG